AUCCAGACCCGAGCUUCGAAAUCUUGGAAAAACACCAACCCACUAUUUCAGAUCGAGUGAAGGAGCGAGUAAGAUAUCAGGAAAAGAGGCAAGCCGGUUUGGAACAAAUUAAACGUGCCAAGAGUGACCGAGCAAGGAAUCUUACUGCCUCACAACAAUCUCCUUAUACAGAAAACAGCACGGCCAAA